AUGCAUAGGCCAUCUAGCAAGGGAAAGCCAACAGACCCUAAGCUCAGAGAGAAAGUGAAGGAGGAGGUCAAGAACGAGACGAAUAAGGACGGUGGCGGAAAGGGACAAUGGAGUGCUUGGAAGGCUAGCAAGCUCUCCAAAGAGUAUGAGAAGAAGGGUGGAGGUUACGAAAACGAAGCCGGAAGCAAGAACGAGCCGAAGAAAGAUGAGAAAGAGCCGUCGAAUGAAGAUGACAAAGACGAGGAGAAGGAAAACAACGAUGGUGAGGAGGAAGCUCCUCCAAGUGCGCAGAAGCCCAAAGCCAAUACCGGUGCAAAGAAGACGGGUACCAAAACUGGUGCCAAGAAAGCAGAGAAGACUGCUGAACCCAAGAAGGCAGUCGCACCGAAGAAGCAAGCAAAAGAGAGAACGGAGGGCACGAGAAAGUCAACAAGGGUUGCUGGAAAGAGGAAGACGUAUGACGAAGAUGAAGAUGACGGUGAGGAAGAAGACAAGUCUACCAAGGCUAAGGCGAAGAAGAGCAAGUCCUGA